AUGGAGGAAUUAAGAAUAGUGACACAUGAAAACAAUCGUCAGCUUGAAAAUAUAGAUUUAAGUGACGCGGAUUCUAAUAACGAAAAAAGCGGAGAUGAAUUGCCAAUAGAAUUUCAAUCGGAUGAAUUCCGUAUCGAAUCGCAAAUUAUCAUGAUUGCGGAAACUUUAGGACCAACUUUGCAUGGUGCUACUCUUGUGAAACUACCUGGUUUAGGGACAACUAUUCAAAUUGGACAACUGGCACUCUCGGGAGUGGACCAAUAA